AUGCAAACCAGCCCCAUUUGUAUCCCAGCUGUUAGCAAUGACAUCGACUGGGACUUCUGCUUCCAUCUGUCACAGCAAGCCAAGAUCCCAGCACAUCAACAAACAGAUCAAUUUUAUUCCUCUGGUGGGUCUGGAGAGAGUGAAGAAGAAACUAAAGCCAAGGAUGAGGAGAAGGCCGUAGACUGUAUGUUUCUUCCCAAAGACAAAUUAGCUCAAUCCCAGAAGAAAAUUGCUCAACUGGUUAAGGAAAAAAUGAAUACCCAAGCAAACAAGGAGCUGAUUCGAUGUGUCAUCCUUUCUCGGAUUAUUUUUGGGGAAGGUCACUGGAAAUGUGCACAGGCUUUGGCCAGCCUAGCUUAUGGCUACCUGACAUUGAGAGGCCUCCCAGUUCAGGCUAAGAAACAUGCUGAGUCUGCCAAGAACACACUGUUGACCUGGAAGGCAAACAUGACCUUAGACAAGGAGAAAAAGGAAAUCCUGGAAGCUCUGGUCAUGCUCUACUACACUCUGGGUGUGGCCUGGCUCCUGCAGAACCAUGGCAGAGAGGCCUAUUUCAACCUGCAGAAGGCAGAGAGAAAUAUGAAGGAACUGAAAGAAUUACAUAAGGGAAGCGUUUGUGGAUUGCAAGUCUCAGAGAAAGACCUAACAAUUGCUUUGGGCAGAGCCUCCUUGGCCAUCCACAGGCUGAACCUAGCUCUGGCAUACUUUGAAAAGGCAAUUGGCAAUGUUAUUGCUGCCAAGGGUGAUAGGACGUCAGAUCUGAUUGGUUUAUAUGAGGAAAUUGCUCAGAUCGAGCAGCUGAGGAGGAACCACGACCAAGCCAUCCAGUACUUGCAGCAGAUGCUGUUGAGAUAUAUUUUAUAAAAAGUAUCAGUGCAUAUCAAGCAACUUUGGGCUCAAAGGAUUUUGAAACACUAAGCACCAUUGAAGAAUUUUGCAAAUGGCUUGUCCAAAAUGGGGAAAAACGG